AUGUUAUGUUUUUUUCAAGUGAUUUGUUCUUCCUUCAUAGCUGAUGUCAGAGUCCCUAAAGCGUUCCAAAAUUUUGUUGUUCACCUGGGAGUCAACACUAUGAAGUCUGCAAAUAUUUGUAUAGGUCGACCAGUGUUGCUUACCAGUUUGAAAGGAAAGCAAGAGGUUUGUACAGCCUGGCCAGUGGCAGGAUUUCCUGGAGGCAAGGUUGGCCUGAGUGACAUGACACAGAGGAAUCUAGGGGUGACAGCUGGUGAUAACACCCGGGUGCAGCCACUCGUGGGUGCUCUUGUUCAGGCCGAGGAAGUGGACCUGGCUCUGAGUGAUGAAGAUCAGGGUAUUAGUGGAGAAGACCUGGCUAGUUGUAUUCUGAGGAAACUUGAUGGCAAAGUUGUUUUACCAGGCAACUUUCUGUAUUGUUCCUUCUAUUUACGACUAUGCAAGAUGCAAGUAUUACAAGUGAAAGGGACAGAUGGCACAAUAUUGGAAAGGCCUCAGAGCAAUGCUGCCACUGAUUCCCAAGAAGUGGUCUCUGAAUGCCCCAGCAUGGAAUCCAGUAGCCUGGAUAUAUCCCUCCAGCUAGGCCAAUUAGAUCUGGAAGAGCCCCGGAGUCCAGCCUCAAGAAGUACUCCUUGUAAACCAGUGGUGGACACAGUUGUGAACACAACUAGUGACAUUUUGUUGGAUGUUGCUCAGAGCUCUGGGGAUGGCAGUGGCCUUGUACUGGAAGACAUCACAGGUCUUAAAUGUUGUGUUAAGUCAGCCAGAGAAGGAAAUAAGCAGCUCACCAAUGAAGAAAGUUUGCUGAAAUCUGCCAGCGUGGGACCGAAAUGCAAUACUGAUACUUUUUAUUUUAUUUCCUCAACAACAAGGAUCAAUUUUACAAAGACUUGCACAAAUUUAAAAGAGCAAGAUAACCAAUUCAGAGUAACAUAUGACAUGAUUGGAGGCUUAAGUAGUCAACUGGAAGCAAUUAGAAAAAUAAUUGAAUUGCCUCUCAAACAGCCUGAACUUUUCAAGCGUUAUGGAAUUCCUGCUCCUAGAGGAGUAUUACUCUAUGGUCCUCCAGGUACUGGAAAAACUAUGAUUGCCCGAGCUAUUGCUAAUGAAGUUGGGGCUUUUAUUUCUGUAAUUAAUGGUCCUGAAAUUAUAAGCAAAUUUUAUGGUGAGACUGAAGCAAGAUUACGUCAGAUAUUUGUUGAAGCCACUCUACGGUAUUGUGUAUUAAAAAUAUUUUUUGGAAUUAAUGGUCAAGAUUGUAGUAAUAAAAAUCUCGUGUUUCUGAAUGACUGUAAUUUUGCCUUAAAGGUGACCAUUGAGAGCUGUAUUAGAAUUAGAAGGUCCUUGGAAGGAAGUGAAGGACAGGUGUUAGUCCUUGGAGCCACAAAUCGCCCUGAAGCAUUAGAUGCGGCACUGCGUAGACCUGGACGAUUUGAUAAGGAGAUUGAGAUCGGAGUUCCUAAUGCUCAGGACCGGCUAGAUAUUCUGCAGAAGCUUCUUCAGAGGGUCCCUCAUUUGCUCACUGAAGCUGAACUGGUACAACUGGCAAAUGAUGCUCAUGGAUAUGUUGGAGCAGACUUGAAAGCCUUGUGUAUUGAAGCAGGUUUCUGUGCUUUGCGUAGUUUCCUGAAGAAGCAGCCUAAUCUUCCUGACAGCAAGGUGUCCAGCUUGGUGAAGAUCACUUUGAAUGAUUUCUUGCAGGGAAUGAAGAACAUCAGGCCCAGUGCUAUGAGGGAAGUAGCAAUCGAUGUCCCAAAUGUAUCCUGGUCAGAUAUAGGAGGAAUGGAGAAUGUCAAGCUGAAAUUGAAACAAGCUGUGGAAUGGCCUUUGAAACACCCAGAGUCAUUCAUUCGAAUGGGUAUUCAGCCACCUAAGGGAGUUCUUCUGUAUGGGCCUCCAGGGUGCUCUAAAACAAUGAUAGCCAAGGCUUUGGCCAAUGAGAGUGGACUGAAUUUUCUAGCUAUAAAGGGGCCUGAAUUAAUGAAUAAAUACGUUGGUGAAUCUGAAAGAGCAGUUCGAGAGAUCUUCCGGAAAGCAAGACAAGUGGCCCCUUCCAUUAUUUUCUUUGAUGAACUUGAUGCUUUGGCUGUUGAAAGGGGCAGUUCUUCAGGUUCUGGGAAUGUGGCUGACCGUGUUUUGGCACAACUCUUAACAGAAAUGGAUGGAAUUGAACAGUUAAAAGAUGUAACCAUUUUGGCAGCUACUAAUCGCCCAGAUAGGAUUGAUAAGGCUUUGAUGCGGCCUGGAAGAAUUGACACAAUCAUCUAUGUGCCUCUACCAGAUGGAGCAACAAGAAAGGAAAUACUCACCUUGCAGUUUCGCUCAAUGCCUAUCAGUAAUGAAGUGGACCUGGAUGAACUUGUCCUCCAAACGGAAAAAUACUCAGGAGCAGAGAUUAUUGCUGUCUGCAGAGAGGCAGCUCUUCUGGCUCUGGAAGAAGACUUCAAAGUCAAGUGCAUCAUGAAGAAACAUUUCACUCAGGCCUUGAGGACUGUGACGCCAAGAAUCUCUGAAUCCUUGAGACAGUUCUAUGAACAUUAUCAAAAGAAGAGUGGGCUGCACUCUGGGAAACAUGCAUAUGCAUCCUACUAAACCCCUUUCUAGAUUUCAUUCUCUAUAGGGCUUUUGACUUGAGAGUAUUUUAGAAAUUCGUUAAUAGGUACAAUGCUUGAAAUACUUCCGUUGGAGUUGAAGAGCUGCAGUUCUAGAAACCUUUAAUCAUGUGAGUACAAUUUGUCCAGCAUGGGUAGAAAACCAGUUUCGGCUGGAAAUGCGUGCUGCAUUUUGAAAAGUAAACAUUUACCUUUUUUCGUGUUUGUCCCUUCAUCUCCCUUGUGACAAUCUCCCCACUGUGGAGUUGUUGUCAAGUGCCUUCCUAUGUGCAUCAGUUUGAUACAACAACAUGAACAAUAUAUAUGGAUAAUUUCA